AUUUGUUCUUUGCAAUACUACCCAAAUGGAACCUGGUUUGCCUGAUCCUGAUACAAAGCAUUUAUUUGAAAAUGUGAGGUUAAGAUUGCUAAUAUUUACACAUUUAUACACGAAUAUUGCCUCUUACACUUUAGGAAAUUAGCUACAAUUACGUGUCUGAUAUAUUCUUUUGCUAUUAACACAAAAUCAAUCAGCCUAAGUAAUUCUAUUAACCUUAUUAUUUUCAACGCCUCCCUCUGCACAAACGCUUCUCACCAAUUCGCGACUGCUCACAACAGGUUGGUUGCAAGGAUCGCCGACUCAACAGAAUGGAUAGCCCACUCUCUGACCAGCCCAUAGAAUAUGCAGUGACAUCUCACAUGCAACACAUUCCUCAACAAAUCCACCAACUUCAGGAAGGGAUUUCAGUGCGCCCUAUCACAGUAUGUAUAAGAAGUGUUUGGCACAUCAGAAAACACCAAACAAAUAAUACUCAAAUUUGCAUCGGCUUCAUGUGCUACGACCACCACGGACAACUAUUAGAAGGUCGGCUUACCGGAAACAUUCAGCCAAAUGACCCAAAAAAUAUGGCCGAGGGAGACAUAUAUGAGUUUUCAGGGUUUUCUGUCAUACAUAAUUCACGACGUCGAAAACUCACCGAACUGCCGUAUUACAUUCAGAUUGACCAAAAGACAAUAGCAUCGAAAGUUCUAGACAUCAGUCCAAUAUUUCCAGUUCACACUUUCUCUCCUCAGAAUUACAAAAAUCUAUUGCACUUAUCCACUACACCCACCUACUUACAAGAUGUUGUCGGGCAGACACUCAUAAUACAAAAAACAAAUCCGUACUAUCCAGAAAUCAAUAUUGAUGCCACGAUUGGUCUUACGGCUGAACAGGUCGACAAUGGUCAAACUCAUACUGUACGACAAGCAAGCAGCAGAUUUUAGCAUCCUACAAAGCAAGAAGAAUAGGAAAUUUAAAGUUGUCAUCAUCACAAGCAUAAUUCCUAAACUUUUCCAAGGCAAACUACUACUCAGUUCAUCACCAGCAACAAAUUUUUACUUCAACAAAUCAAUUGAUUACAUAAAGCAUUUCAAAUGGCGAAUAAGAGAUCAUUCAAAAGCAUGCAACAAAUAAUGACUUUAGUUCAUGCAUUUCCCACACAACUUGAU